AUGGCCGACCCCAAACCCCCAACAGCUCCUAAUGCCAGUGCCCCAGCAGCCGCCGCUGCCCCAGCGGCCUCCUCGUCGGCCGCGACUUACAAGGCACCGGCCCCGAACCCGGCCCUCCGCAUGAUGGGCCUGCCGAACCUCCCCAAGAAGCUCCCCUCGCGCAAUUGGAUGAUCUUCUGGACUCUGACGGCCGCCUUCUCGGGAGCCAUCAUCUACGACAAGAGAGAGAAGAAGCGCGCGACUGCGAGGUGGAGCAAGGCUGUCGCGCACCUCGCCAAGGAGCCCGUCAAAGACCCCAACCAACUUCAACGGAAGCUGACCAUCUUCCUCGAGAGCCCGCCGACUGAGGGUUUGAGGGUGGCGCAGGACCACUUCACCGAGUACGUCAAGCCCGUGCUGGCUGCGUCGGGCCUGGAUUGGGAGUUCGUGCAGGGCCGCAGAGAGGGAGACGUCAGGGCUGCCGUGGCCGAGAAGAUACGGCGGACAAGGCGUUUGGCUGAGGGCGUCCCCAGCGAGGAGCAGGAGCCUACUGGGGAGGAGAUCGUUGCAGGAAUCAGACAGCGGAAUGGCACCCCCGACUGGGACGGUAUCAACGGAGACGUCGUGAUCGGCCGCCAUACGUGGAAGGAGUAUGUCAGAGGCAUACACGAGGGCUGGCUGGGGCCAUUGACUGCACCACCCGUACCCGAAGCCCCCAAGCCAGAGAUCCCAGCCGAGGUCCCAGCCGAGACAACAGAAGGCGAGGACGUGAAGAAGGCGGAAGAGAAGAAGGAGGAGGAGAAGGAAAAGAAGCCCGAGAGGCCACCACAGCCCGUGCCUUACAACACCGUCGACGACUACCCCGCCGCCCCCCUGCCGAUUUAUAUUCCUCCCGAGUUCUUUCCCUCUACACAGAUUCAAUUCCCCCAUAUUUUGGGCUUUUCAAACACCUUCAUCAGACUAGGCCGCUUCUUGAACCGCCGCCGUCUCGCAGACGACAUCGGCCGAGAGGUCGCCGCUGUCUGUCUGGCUCACGCGCGCGAGUACAAGGCAGACACCAUUGGUUCUGAGUCAGAGUGGGAAGCUGCCUUGGAGAACGAGGAGAAGGACUGGCCCAAAUCCGUGUGGAAGGACGACAAGCCAAAGGAGACGGAGAAGCCCAGCGAGGAUUCCAAUGCCGUCACAAAACUGCCAGAGGAGAAGAUCUGGACCAAGCCCAUUGUGAUGGACUCGAGAGUGUCGGCUCGUAUGCGCCGCUUUGAGCUGCAGCCGGAAGACGAGGCACGUGCCAGGGAGAUCGUCGUGCCCGAGGAGGAGAUCGAGGGCUGGAUCAAGGGCAGCCUGCGGAGCUUGUACCGCUGGGCCGUGUCGCCUCCUCCGCCUCGGCCUUGGUCGUCCGAUGAAAUGUGA